AAACAAAAUCGAAACCCGUCGCAAAUUCUUAUAUAUGGCCGCCAAGAAGACCUGUAAUUGUGUAGGCUUUGAACAGAACAGUGUUUUGGAAUACAUUUGGAUGGUAUAAAAAUUAGCGCUAAAAUAAAGGAUGUACCCCGACGAAAACACGUAGAAUAUAUUGUCGCUAACUACUCACCUGCAAAGGUAGCCAUGUCCUUUGAUCCAGGGGUAAAGUUUAGCAACCUUACCCCAGCGCCAGUUCAACAAUGGUCAACAAAUGCGUGAUGAGUAUAACACUAAACCUACUAGCAACAGCUGCAGACAGCGCCCCCUAUGCAACUAUGGCUGCAGGAUCAGAUCCUGAAGCUGUUGAAGACCCGGUUGCCACUGGAGAUGCAAAAACCCAGAGCCAGCCAUCUAACCACACACCUGCCAAUCUACAUCACUCCCAUUAUAUUGGCUUACCUUACCAGGAUCAUAAUUAUGGAGCACCACCACCACCAACUCCUCCUGCUUCACCCCCACCCAAGCUGCAGCCUGUUUCACCUUCAAAGAAACUCAAUGGAUUUCUUGAUAGUUCCAAUGUGAGCACACUGAGUAAUGCAACAAAUAGUGCUGAUGAUGGAGUCACCCGUUGCAUUUGUAAUUUUGAACAUGAUGAUGGUUAUAUGAUCAGCUGUGACCAGUGCCUAUCAUGGCAACACGUGGAAUGCAUGGGGUUGGACAGGAACAACAUCCCUGAACGCUAUUUCUGCGAAAAGUGUGAACCACGAUCAGUUGAUGUUCAGAAAGCUGUAGCUUUACAAACAAAAAAGCGUGAAAAUAUGUCGGAAGAUUCAAGUAGUACAGAUAGUGAGGAAAGUACCGCUGUUAAUCCAACAACGUACACUGCUAUCUCCAAUUCUCCUACAAGUCUUACGCUAACCACACAUCACAAGAACAAGAAAUCAAAGAAAAAGAAACGAAAACGUGAACACUCUGAAAGAAGUCACAAGAAAAAGAAGAAAAAACAUGAUAAGAAGUCAAGAACAAGGUCAUUGUCCUCGGAACUGAACCUCUUUGACGAAGAUGCUCAAGUAGCAUGGAUUCAAAGUGAACACAGUGAUGAAUAUGAAGAUGCAUCAAAGAAUGAAUACACUGCUGAAUUACAGAAAUUCCUUGCAGCUGUUAAGCCAGAUAUCGAAUGCACAGUUCCACACAGCAGACUACGGGCACAGUUUGCGGACAUUGGCGCAGUCAGUAUUGGCAGGAAAGGUCUUAUUGCUAAGGAACGUAUAAUGGAGAAACAAACAAUACUUGAGUAUCGCGGCAAAGUCAUGCUUAAGAAGCAGCUUCUCACACAGACUGCUUUCUUUAGUCCUUCUUAUCGGUAUACGCUCUUCUAUUCACGCUUUGGUAAUAUCGACAUAUGUGUUGAUGCAAGAGUUUAUGGCAACAAGGCAAGAUAUGUAAGGAGGUCAUGUUCUCCCAAUACAGAAGUUCUACAUAACACAGAAGGGGAUUUGAUUAGACUAUUUCUUGUCUCCUGCAAAGAAAUACCCAAAGACUCGGAAAUAACCAUAGGAUUUGAUAUCAGCCACAAAGAGUGUCCCUUUCCUUUAGAAUGUGCCUGUGGCAAGAAGAACUGUGCUGUAAAAAAGCACCACAAACAUCGCCAUGAGAGUGGCGACAGGAAGAAGAAUCAUAAGAAUAACCACAUCAAGAAGGAGGACUCAAACUCAUGUGGUAGCCAUCCAGCUCCUUUGUCUGCACGCAGGAGGACGGUCUCACCAUUGAGAGUCUCUCUGUCAACCCAGCUUGUUCAAAAUUCAGUAAUCGACAUCACUCCAGCAAAGAUGACAGACGAUGAAGAGAUGCAGACCGAGGUAGACGUUGAAACGGAAGAGAAUCAACCAGAAAGUAAUCGGAAGCUGACUAGAGAAGAACGUAAAAUGGAAGCCAUCAUGAAAGCUUUUGAGAAAAUGGAAAGGACGCAAAAACGACGACAGCAAGCACUAGACAGGUUAGCAAUUGCCAAGGAUAAUGAGAGCCCAAACAAAGCUAAGCCAUUGGAGGAGGUGGCUCAGACAACUGACGUAAUUCAGGUUGAUCAGUCAAAUGAAGAAACACUUAUUUCAAGCUUACAACAAGCAGAAGCACAACCUAAUGCUGCAGCCAAGCCUCCAGUGGUUAAAAGGAAAAAGAAAACGAGGUAUAAUAGUACACCAAGGAGGAGAACCAGAAACAACAGUGCUGCAUCCACCAUUAGCACGGAGAUAAAGCCCCUGGACCAGUCAUUGUCCAGUUUGCCAGCCACACCGAUCACCAGUAUGCCAUCUUUUUUUUCAAGCAACAGUAGUCCUGCGAGAACACAUGGUGUUGUUGGACUCAUUAACAACAAUGAUCGUUUAUUGCCUUUGGUUUCACCUGUCACUUGUAACAGCAAACAUUUCAAGUUUCCGAAGACGAAAAAGUUGUUUUUGAAUGAGUGGUUAAAUGAGAAAGCACAAGAAGCAUGUGUGGAUAAUCCUUUAUCAAUAUCCACGGAUCCUGUGGAUAUUGUCGACUCAGCUUCACCUAAUACCAACUCUCAUUCUCAACUGGCCCGCUCUAAUAGCCUCUCCGCUCUAGUAGGCAAGGUGGGUCCAGAAGCAAGCCUAGGAUCUGCAAAAAAGAGAUGGCUGCGGUUAGCAAUGAACGAAGCUGGAGGUGGUGGAGGAGGAGAUUCACCGGUUGGCAGUGGUGCGCUUAGCCCCAGUGGCAUAUUGGCUGGGUCAGCAAUGUCUCCAAAGAAUGAAACGAUUACACCAUUAAAGAAACGCUGGCUUAGGAUUUCUGUAUCUGACGACCAAUCUACUGCCCUCUGCAGUGCAGCAACGUCAGCAUCCUCCUCUCCUCUUCAUCCAUCCUUAGAUACUGAUUGUACACUGCCCUCUACAUCAUCAGUGCUUAGCAUUUAUCCUAAACCUAAUGUGAGUAUUGCUGUGGAAGAGAACCUGCUUACUACAGUUGCAUCCUCUUCACUGAUACUAAAAAGUUCAGAAGACAUUCUAAAGGAAGAUCAGAAGAUUGAGACAAAUCAUAAACAGUUAGGCCUGGUAGAUUACAGCAAUGACCUACAAACAAAAUGCAAAGAAAAGAAUGAUUCAAAUCAACAAGACCUGCAAGCUGUGGAGCUUAUUUUCUCCCCUGCUCACAAGUUUCAAGAAGGUAGUGGCACUAUUAAGCCCCUUCCUCUUGCACUGCCAGCUAAAAAGGAUUUUCGCAAGAACUCCUCAAUAGAUAGUGGUUUGUCUGUUACCACCCCCAUGGACAUUUCCGAAUCCCCAAAAUAUUUUCCCACAGAUAAUGUGCAUAAUAUUACUGACCAAAACAAAAUUUUUAACAGCUCUGAAAAUGCUGUUGUUAUUGUGCCCAGGACAUUAAUGCAGUCGGAACAUGCACCAUUAAAUGAACUCCUUACGGAGACUAAGCCUUCAAUUGAAGCCCUCCAUUUGCAUUCCAAAUCUGACCAAAACAGGCCAAAUAGACCUAGUUUAUCAACAGAAAGGACUUUGGUCUCAUCUGAAGGCAGUAUUCUAGCCAAAGCUGAACUUGAUAUCAAUAAAUCAUUGUCUUCUUCGCAUGGUACAGUGUAUUCAUUAGGAUCUGGAGAUGCUUCGCAAACAGAUUUGCAGGAAUCUGUCUCAAGUUUAUCUGAUUUUCAACAAUCUUGGAGUUCUGUAUCAGAAUAUGCAGUGCCUGGUAAUAGUAAAAGUCUGAACCAUAUGGAUAAGGACCAUUUAGGUAAUGACAUCAUUGCACAAACUGCACAAGGAACAAUGUCAGACGGUUUGAAUGUGUCACAAAGAGUCUCUCCCAAUACAGUUAGGACGUUAAACUUUCAAUCGCCAAAAAAAAUUGGGCCAGACUCUGCUCGCAGUUCUCUUGACGACCAAACAAGUGACCUCUCGCAGAGCAAUUACACGUCACCAAAGAAACGUGCCCUCAUGUUCAUACGCGAGUCAGAAAACCCAAAAACAGUUUUUUCUGCUGGAUGGCGAGAUAGUGCAUCAGAAAAACUACCACAAAGAACAGAAAUUGAAAAUAAAUUACAAGAAAAUUGCUUAGGAGAGAAGACAGAUGGUGGUAAACCUGUGCCAUCAACUCCCACUUCCAUGAGCCUCAACAUUGGAUCAGGUAUACCAAGUGUCCAACCAUUACCCUAUCCUAUAGAGGGUGUAGUUACUUCACAAGUUAAUAGUGGAACAGUUGCACCAAUUGCCCAGCUCUCGCACUAUCCUGCAGGUGGUGCGCCAGUAAGCAGUGAAACUGGAAUCCAUCAUCCACCAUGUCCUGUAGGUAGUAGGCCAGGAGUACCAGUCCAGUCUUUGUCCUACUCUGUAGGCAGUGCUAACAGCACACCAGUUAAAGUAUCACAUGCUGGCAGCUCUGGGUUACCAGAGGGUACACCACCAGUCACUCCACCAGUUGGAAGUCAAUCACCUGCUGGAACACCAGCUGUAAAAAAGAAGGUCUCAUUACUGGAAUACCGUAAAAGGAAAACAACAGCAAAGCCAACUCCAGCUUCUUCAGAUCCCUCAACGCCAGUAAAAUCUUUAACAUCAUCCUUAAGCAAGUCAACUGAAAACACACCUGUAAAGAUGCCAACAACACUGGCUACUUUACCCUUGUUUGAUACACCUCCUCCAGUAGAAAAGGACAUCUCAGGAAAGGGACUUAGGUUGAGUACUGAAGCUGAAAAGGCCAUAUCAUCAUUGACAUCUUUAUUAAAGGACACAGGAUCAAAAACUGAUGCUGGUGAAAGCAGACGGUCAUCAGUACCUGUGGCAGAAAAUGCAGUAACCCAGUACAAGGGCUUGAGUGAGAAGAUGUCACAUCGAAUUGGGCCAAACCACAACUUAAAGCGUUCACAUUCACCUGAGCCCCCACCACCACCACCCAAUAAGAAGCAUAAUCUACAACUUCACAUACCUCCUCCACCACCUCCCAAGUCAAAGGCAACAGUGGAUUCAAGAGGAGGCUUUAAUAAUACUGACUCAACACCUCCGCCCCCAUUUGGCAGACAGAAUAGUUACCAAGCUAGUCCGGUGGCAUCUGCUUCAGCAAGGAAUAAUACUGGGAUGCAAUUAUAUCCUCAGCAGUCGCAGUAUCAUGCAUCAUCAUCAUCAUCACCCAGGGGUCACCAGACCAGCUUGACUUACCCUGUACAGUCAACUCGUCCAAGCCAAGUCAACUCGAAUCAGCCUUUGAACACCACAUUCCUAGGCUAUCAUGAGCAAGGCAACCUGGCCCCAGCACCAACGCACCAGAGUCAAUCCACUUCACAGCAGUACUACAAUGAAACCUACCAAGUAUUCCCUCAGCAGCCAACAAACGUAGCACCUCAGGGUGUCCCUCAGGGUGUGAACUUUCAGCAGCAACAUCGCCCUCAGGGUGCAAAACCAACAUUUUCAAAGCAAAGUUAUGGACAGAGUUUUUCUCCUCGACGUGGUUACUACCAAUCCCAGUGAUAUUUGUAUCUUAUUCAUGUCCACCUAACCUGAGCAAUCUUGAUGAAAUGAAAAAGCAGAAUAUCCCGGCUCAGACACAGCCACUUGCAUUGAUGUGUGGACAGUGAUUCAUUUACAUGCGUUGAGUCGAUAAACAGCGGCCACUAAAUAGUAUCCUAUUGAAUAUUGCAGCAUCAUUAUAUUUGAUUUAGUAAUUAGCUUAAUGAUUAUUUAAAUAAAUUUUAACCAUUCUUACAAUAAAGGGGCUUGGUACUGUAUCUGUUCUACGAAACUGAUGUUCAAGACAUUACAGAAACAAGUUUGUACAAACUUAGUUUCAAUAUUCCAUUUCAUGCUACUGGUGAUGAGGAUUUACCUGUUUUGUAUCUUUGUUAAAUAUCCCUUUUUUUUUUAUUUGAUGUGAACUUUGCCAUCAGUUUGUACAGCUUUCUUUUUCAAGGCAUAGUUUAAAUAUUUUUAUUACAUUGGUAGCAAAGUUGAUUCGGAUACUCAUAACCUGUAUAUGCAAUGAGAGGUGUGUAUAAAAAAUGCCAUGAAAUUCUAAUAUGGUCACAAUUAUAAAUUUGGGAAUUGUAUUUUUAGCUUGUUUAUUUUCUCUAAUAGUAGCCCUUUUAUAAAGAAUGUUGGUGUUUUACCCGGUUACCCACAGCCCUUUAUUUUGUUGAAAGGUGUUGUUUUGUGUACAUAGAUGCAUUCAAAGUGCAAAUAGGACAUUAGUGUGGGGUGUUUUUAUUUGGAUCUGACUUUAGUUUUAAUGAUGGAGCUUUGCUUUCAUUUUAGAAGGUUUGUGGGAGGGAUAUAACACCAAGACUGAUUAUACAUCCGUUAUGUGAUAUCCUUGGAACAAUUCACUGUAUUCUGAUUUCUUGAUUGACAAAAUUUGUACAUGAAAGUGUACCCUAUUAAUGUACAGUAGCUGAAUUCCAUUUUUGUACGGCAAUGUGUAGUAAGGUAGUCUAUAAAAAUGUAGCUGUAGAGUUAGCAUUUGUAUCUUGAGUGCUUGUAAAUAGACUGUCUAAUAAUUGUUCUGUUGCCUCAUGAGUAGGGGAUUGGGGGAAGUGUAGAGGUGUGACUGGUCAGUGUACUUGCAGACAGUCACAUGACAGAAAUCGAUAAUAUCCUACUAUAGUGGUAACAUCUUUUAAUUUAAUAUUUUCUAAUAAAUUAUAUGUAGAAAAUCAAACUUUGUAUUUAUUUAUAUAUUUUAUUUUUGGUUGUAUUUCUUGAUUUUAACUUGAUAAAAUGGGAUGUUUUAUCUUUAGUAAAAUAAAAUCCAAAAUAUUAGGGGAUGAAUUAAUUGAUAUUCAAGCCUAGAACUGAUUUCAAUACAUUGAGGUAUUAUUCUGUUCUCUCAGAGUACAGUACAACUGAAGCAUCAACAACCUAAUUUCUAUUUGAUACCAAAACCAAUUGUAAAGGUAUUUAAAAAAAAAAAAAAAGAGAGAGAAGCUUGAUUAAAUAUGAUAGCACUAGA